GCGAAGAUGGCGGCCCCAGCCCUUAACAGUCGGGCCGGAUCCGCCGGCAGUCUCGGGAACAGCCCAACAUCAACACACAAUUCUGCUUUCAACAACAAUAAAAUCAUCUCGUGCUACCCCGAUCUCGACUUCAGGUCCGGCGCAAGAAUCGAGGAGCUGAACAGACUCAUCCAAGAAUUCAGUAAACACGACCAGAGAGAAUAUGACGACCAGCGGGCGCUCGAAAUUCACACUGCCAAGGACUUCAUCUUUUCCAUGCUCGGUAUGGUGCAGAAACUGGACCAGAAGCUGCCAGUUGCCAAUGAAUACCUGCUGUUGUCAGGUGGUGUGCGGGAGGGUGUGGUCGAUAUGGAUCUGGACGAAAUAGGCAUUUACAGCCGUGGCACUGACUUUGACAUGGCCUUUACACUGCUCGUACCAGCCCUGAAACUGCACGACCGCAACCAGCCUGUCACGCUAGACAUGCGCCACUCUGCAUUGGGUCACUCCUGGCUCAGUCUGCGCCUCUUUGAUGAGGGUACCAUCACCCGCUGGCGGGACUGCUGCACGCUGGCUGAGCAUUUAAACGGUGCCACCAAUUAUUUCUUCUCUCCCACGCUGGUGGCGGAAUGGUUCCAAGAGGCUGUGGCACUUGUACUGGCUGAAUUGCGCCGCAAGCCCCAGAGGGGCACACCAAAAGUGGAGCGGGUGGAGCGUCAUGGUACUCUGUUGUCCAUGGUGCUGGGUGUGGGCGGUAGCCGUAUGCUGUACGACAUCGUGCCUGUGGUGUCCUUCAAGGGUUGGCCAGCAGUGGCCCAGGGCUGGCUGAUGGAGAACCAUUUCUGGGAUGGCAAGAUCACAGAGGAGGAGGUGAUUAGUGGCUUCUACCUGUUGCCCACAUGCUCCGCCGCAGGCUGCCGUGACAACGAGUGGCGGCUGUCCUUCGCCCGCAGUGAGGUGCAGCUGAAGAAGUGCAUCGCUCCGGGUCUCAUGCAGGCUUACCAGGCUUGUAAAGCAGUCACGUCCAGGCUUAUGGAGCAGCCAGGGGUGAUCAGCCCUUACCACUUGCGCAGCCUCAUGCUGUGGGCGUGUGACCGCCUGCCUGCCAGCUACCUGGCACAGGAUGAUUUUUCUGCCCACUUUCUGCUGGGCCUGCUCGAUGACUUACAACACUGCCUGGUCAACAAGACCUGUCCCAAUUACUUCAUCCCACAGUGCAACAUGCUGGAACACUUGUCGGAUGAGACGGCAAUGCAACACGCCCGAGUGCUGGCCAUUGCGCGUUCUGACCCGGUGGAACACUUGCGGGCCGCCAUAGAACAGGUGAAAGCGGCGAACCGGCUGACGCAGGAGAUGCAGCGGCGAGGGAGCUCCUCUGGGCUGCCUUCGCCGCAGUCUGAGUCCGGUAGCGCCGACCAUCAGCAGCCGGACGAUCGACUAGCGAAGAAGCUGCAGCAGCUGGUGACGGAGAAUCCAGGCAAGUCCAUCUCUGUUUUCAUUAACCCAGACGACGUCACAAGGCCUCACUUCCGCAUCGACGACAAGUUCUUCUGA